AUUUAGAGUUGCUAAGUGUAUAUUCUAGUGUUUCAGGUGUGCAAGCUUGGAUGGAGAUGCUGAUCGACUUGUAUAUUUCCGUGUUCUUUCAGAAAGUAACAAGAUUGAUCUUGUGGAUGGAGACAAGAUAUUAUCUCUAUUUGCUCUAUUUAUCCAGGAGCAAUUAAGCAUUCUCAACAAGGAAAAUAUGGAAGCAAAAAAUGGUUAUCCAGUGAGGCUAGGCAUUGUUCAAACAGCAUAUGCCAAUGGAGCAUCGACAGAUUACCUCAAAAAGUUGGGCCUAGAAGUCAUGUUUACUCCCACAGGAGUGAAGUAUCUACAUGAGAAAGCUGCUGAGUAUGAUAUUGGAAUCUAUUUUGAGGCAAAUGGGCAUGGGACUAUCUUGUUCUCAGAACAUUUUGUAUCAUGGUUGGAGGGCAAAAAUAUUGAAUUUGAUAAAACAUCUAAAGGUUCAGAGCAGCAAAAAGCUGCUUUGAGACUGUUGGCAGUGAGCAAGUUGAUCAAUCAGGCAGUGGGAGAUGCUCUGAGUGGAUUGCUUUUGGUGGAAGCCAUCUUGCGACAUAAGGGAUGGUCAAUCCAGAGAUGGAAUGAACUAUAUCAGGAUCUCCCAAGUAGGCAACUUAAGGUCUGCCAUAGACUGCCAAUUAUGGAAAUUCUCUUAUGUUAUUCCAUCYUCUUUGUUUUGGUACUCUGGUUUUCAAAUUGACUUGAGACCUAUGAU